UCGGUCGACGCUGGGUGUUUUGCGCGCCGAAGUCGCGUGGAAAAGAAUAGCGGAAUAUAUAUAUGCGUAUAUUCACAGCCCAAUCGUUGUUGUUUCGUCGCGUUUUUGUGCUGGUUCUUGUUUUCCUUCGACCGAUCGAUCGCCUUUCGUCCUGUGUGUUUCAAAAGUUCGCGUGUUUCCAACAAUGUUUACAAAAAACUUACAAAUGCUCAAUGAAUAAAAACAAGAAAGUUAACAGAAAAAAUGUGCUGACGAUUUUUAAUAUCAAAAAUAAUUUUAGUACGUUUUCAAAGUCGUCUUCUCGUCGUCAUUGCCUGGCCGUUUUUUGGGCUAUUAUAAGGCCGGCAAAGUAAAAUAAAAGGGAUCCCAGCAAAGCCAGAGAAUUAUGAAACUUUAAAGAAAUCCCCAAAAAAUCAGAAAAAAGCCCCCACAAUAUGUUUAAUGCAGCAAAGUAAGCGCAGAGGAAACGUGUUCAAAACGAGUGCAGGCACUACACACGAAUACCCAUAUUUAAAAAAGAUUUACAUUUAAAACUCCAAUACGUAAACACACUCUCAUACAUACAUAUAUUUAAACUGUGGCGGCACCAAUAACACCAGAAACGAGCAAAACGUUCACAAAAAGGUGAUAAUGAUUAUUUCCAAGGAUCUUUUCAUAUUUGGCGAACAAAUUUUUGCAACAAUCAUACCAGAAGGUGGAGCCGGACCGCUAGCAACGCAACAACAACAACAACAACAACAACAACAACAGCAGCAGCAGCAACAACAGCCGGCAAUUAUAAAUAAAACAACAACAUCGGGUUCGACUGCGGCAGCUUCGUUGGUAAUAAACUCGACGGCGUCGUCAACGGCUUCGUCAGCAGGAGCAGCUGAACAAGUUGUAGAGGAGUCAUUAAAAGCAGCAGCAGCAGCAGAUACAGCAACUGUAGUACCACAACUGGCAGCCAAACAGGAAACAGUUGCAGCAGCCCCUCUCUCCUCCAGCUCCCCCACCAGCAGCAGCACCAGCUCCACCUCCGCCUCAUCCCUUCCCAGCAAGCUGGCAAAAAUUCAAAAAAUUCCCAAGGAACCCGAGGAAUUGAAAGCCAAGAAAAAGGCAAAGUGUGAAUCCGCGACAUCUACUCAUUACGAAAAAAUGCCAAUGAAUUUGAUGAUAGUGGAAAGUGUUGAGGCGGUGGACAUGGCCUCCUCGGACAAUGAGAACGACACGGAAUCCACGGAGCAGGUACCGUUGGUGAGUGCCAGCAGACGCAACCUGGCCAAAAUAGUGUCCGCCGAUUGUCGUCUGCAAAUCGAAAAAGAACCUGCACCAGCACCAGCGCCAACCACUUCGGCCGGUACAGAUGCAGGAGUUGCAACAGCCUCUACCGCAGAAAUCGAAGCCGGCAGCGACUGCUCUGCCCCACCGUCUUCAUCCUCAUCCUCAUCCUCGUCGUCAUCGUCGUCGACUUCCAGCUGCACAUCCUCAGAAUUUACGCAUACAUCACAAACGACAAUACCAAGUACGGAUAAUCUAACGUCAUCCGAUGGGAUGGCCAAUAUGGGCAAAACCAUUUUAGUUGAUGCCAAAAGUGGGUGCCCCGCAUCUUUAUCCUACCACUACGAAAAGGCGUCGCCAAUGCAGAAUCAUCACAAUCCUCAACAACAGCAUCACAACAACAUCAACAUGAGCAACCAUCACCACCCCCAGAAUCAGUUGCAACAACAACAAGCGCAUCAUCAUCAGCAGCAGCACUCGCUGCAACUGUCUUUUCAGAACCUGACUGUUUCGCACAACGAGCGUCAAAUUCUAUCCGAUGUGAGUGGAUUCGUCAGCCCCUGCGAGGUUCUGGCCGUCAUGGGACCCUCGGGAAGUGGCAAGACCACACUGCUCGACUGUCUGAGUGGUCAGCGGCAUAUUGACAGUGGAAGUGUCUUUCUGAACCGCGAGCCCCUUUCCAAGAAGUGGCGCCGCCGGAUCGGCUAUGUCCUGCAAGAGGAAAUAUUCUUCCCGCAACUGACGCUUCGGGAAACAGUGGUUUACACGGCACUGUUGCGCCUCCCGGAGUCUAUGCCGCGGGCGGAGAAGAUGCGGCAGGUGGACCACAUCUUGGAGGCUCUGGAACUGAACUGCUGUCAGCAGACCAAGUUCGGAGACUACCUCAACCGAGGACUCUCCGGUGGAGAGAAGAAGCGGGCCAAUAUAGCUUGCGAGCUGCUCACCAACCCGCUUCUCAUGCUUUUGGAUGAACCCACUUCUGGCUUGGAUAGCCACUCGGCCAUCUCGCUGAUGAAGGUGCUGAAGCGCUACGCCCAGCUAGAGCAGAAAACCAUUGUGAUCAGUGUCCACCAGCCAUCGUCACAGAUGUUCCACAUGUUCGACAAGCUGCUCCUCUUGCACCAAGGGCGCACAGCCUACUUCGGGGAUGUGCACAACAUCUACCGGCACUUUGAAGACAUCGGGGUCACCAUCAAGCCGCACUACAACCCUGCCGACUUUGUGUUGGAGCAGCUUAAAUCCCAUCCAGAUAUCCGGGAGAAGCUCUUCAUUGCCGCUAAGGAGUCGCACGGAAACUAUCUGAACCGCAACUGCAUCAGCCACAAGUCCCACCAGGAGGGCACCGGGUCAGAGGCGAAGGUCAAGAAAGAGUCGGACACCAUCCUGAUCGACGACAUCAUCAACAACUAUUACAACCAGCACCACCACAAGCCCACUCGCCACCACAACCUGCACCAUCACCACCACCACCACCAGUACGAGAACCUGAACCACUCGGUGGGGGGAGGCUGCCAGGUGGAGGAGGACGAGGAGGCGGCUCAGCACCUAGUCUGGUGUGCGGCGGACUCGCAGUCCAACUUCAGCUCCUGCGCCUCCAGCGACUGCCAUUCCUACAGCGCGGGCAGUGGAUCCGGAUCAGGCCAUGCCGCGGAUGAUGACUGGCUCUCGUACCCCACCAGCUUCAACACCCAGUUCUGUGUCCUGUCCAGCCGCAACUUCAAGGAGGCCAAGCCGCGAAUGCUCUCCAAGCUUAACUGGUUCCAGACGAUCGGCCUGGGCCUGAUGGCCGGCGCCAUUUGGUUUCAGCUGCCCCGCACAGAAGAGUUCCUGCAUGACCUGCAGGGCUGGAUGUUUUUCUCGCAGACCUACUGGAUGCUAUUCGCCCUAUUCGGAGCUCUCAAUUCAUUCCCCGCGGAGCGCGAGGUGAUCAGCAAGGAGCGUCGUUCCGGAGCUUAUCGACUUUCCGCCUACUACCUGGCCAAGAUGUGCGCCGAGCUGCCUCUGGUGAUUACCUUGCCCACGGUGUACCUCAUGAUAAGUUAUCCCAUGCUGGGGUGCACUAGCAUGAAGCUGUUUUUCCUGAUGCUCAUAUUCUUGCUGAUCAACACGAUCGUGGCCCAAAGUGUCGGCUUCUUCAUUGGAGCCUGCUGCAUGGACAUGAACGUGAGCAUCACCCUGAGUGCCCUGUACACCCUGGCUACGCAGCUCUUCGGGGGCUACCUGUCGUCCCGCAUUCCGGAGGGCCUCAGCUGGAUUCGCUAUACCUCGAUGAUUCACUACGCCUACCAGAAUAUGCAGAUACUCGAGUUCCGAGAGGGCCCAGCCAUACGGUGCGGCUCACCCAGCAGCUAUGAGAUUUGUAAACAACAGUCAACCGAAUUCAUUCCAUACGAGGAAAUACUCAAAGCCCAAAACUCCACAUCACCUCUCUGGCUGAAUACACUGAUACUGAUGAUGUUCUUUCUGGUGUUCCGCUGUCUAGGAUACGCGGUGCUGCGCUAUCUGCGAUGCCCCAAAAAGACGUGAUAUCCCGGGAUAUACAAGUACUUGAAAUGUACAUAUAUCCAACUGAGCAGACAUCGAACCAGUGAUACGUUAUUUGUUAAUGCUAAAAUAUAUUGCUACUCCGUUGCAACAGAUCAAACAGCUAACUUUGCGCCAAUUUUGUGAUUCAACUUACUUUCAAGCCACAUCAUCUAUAUUACCUAAUAUUAUUACUAUUAUAAUUACUACCAACUACAUCUAUUAUUAUUAUUAUUAUUGUAGCUAGAAGUGUUAAUCAAGGUUUGCGGUAGGGCAGUGCGCGAAAUUGUUUGUGUUGCAUUCGUAAGCGUAAAUUUUGUUUUGUUUUAUGCCUUUUAAUUGUUAGCCGUUUAUACAUACCAUUGUUGGCUAUUUUGCCGCUGAAACAUAAGAGCAAGCGAGACAGGUAGAGAGGGAAAGAGAGAGAGAGCAGGAGGAAAGAAAACUUUUUGUUUUAAUUUAUGUUUUAAUGCCCCGCCAGGAAAAAUAUUAAAGCUGUCCGCCCUGAACCCCGUGUCCAACACCCUUCGUAAGCAAGUAACUCCUAUAAUAUUGUAUGUCUGUAGUGAAGAGGUAGUAACUUUCUAGAAUAUUGCAAAUUUUUUUCGCUUGGAAAAAACACUGUGAUUUAGUAUGCUAGUUUUUUAAUUAGUUUUAAGUGGACUGCAUUAGUGAAUUGUGCAUGUCGGGAGCAGUCUAAAGGAUAUUUGUAAAGGAAAUGAAGCUUUGAAGAGCUCCACAAACAUGUUAAAUAUUAUGG